AUGGUGCCACCAAUCCGUACGCAAAAGGACGAUAAGGCUAUUGCCUUUGCCAAGACUCUCGAGCAUGUGCCCUGGUGCGAAGACUAUGAGAAGAUGGUCUCUGGCAUGCUUUACAGCUGCAUGGCGCCUGAGCUAGUAGCAUCGAGACACCGUGCCCGUCGACUGGCUCAGAAAUUCAACACCUAUGUUCCAGGAGACGACGAAUCUGCAGACGACGUUGCCAACAAGAGAGUGGGCAUGAUCAAGGAGCUUUUCGGCGGGAUUGGAAAAGAUGUCUACGUCGAGCCCAGCUUGCAGGUUGAUUACGGCUGCAAUAUCACGGUCGGAGAUCGCUUCUACGCCAAUUUCAACUGCGUCAUUCUUGACUGUGCUCAUGUGACCAUUGGAAACAAUGUCUUCUUCGCCACAGGAGUCAGCCUCAUCACAGCGACUCACGAGACUGCCUUGCAGUCUAGGAGAGACAACAUCGAGUAUGCAGAGCCCAUCACCAUUGGCGAUGACUGCUGGAUUGGAGCGAACGUCACAGUGUUGCCGGGAAUCAACAUCGGCAAGGGUUGCACCAUUGGUGCCGGCGCGCUUGUGAAUAGAGAUAUCCCCGAUUACUCAGUUGCAGUGGGUGUUCCGGCCAAGGUCGUCAAGAAGGUAGAACCGGUUGCUUAG